AUGAAGCGUGCAUUGCAGUCUCUUGCAGCGCUCCUCUCCGUGGCGGGCUCAGCACUGGCGAACAGCUCCCCGCUGAUCAACAACCCGAUCUAUAUCAUCACCAACGCGGAGACACCUUCGCUUUUCCGCCCCGGCUUGUCGCCCAUCGGGUUCCAGCGCGCAACGCAAUGUUUGCCGCAGCUCUUCCAAACGCUGGAUAUUGGCAAGAUUAUCAUGUGUCCGCGCAACGACGACAGUGCGGUGUGCUUCGAAACACUCGCGACAACGCAGCCCACCGCCGACGCGCUGGGCCUACCCAUCGAUACCAGCUGUGGCGCGGAUGAGAAUACAGACGAUAACUGCGUCACCAACCUCGCAAAGAAAUUCGCCAAGACGAGCACACAGGCAAUUUUGAUCGUCUGGGCAAGUCAUAUCCCCCAUCCGCCUCUGCGUUUUGUGAUAAUUAAUUGUCCAAAUAUCCAGGACUUCGACGAAAUUGGUGCCCUGCUCGAGUCAGCACUGGAUCUCGACACCGACCCCGCAGACGCCAUCGACGGUAUCCACUUUGACAUAUUCACCGUUGUGAUCAAAGGAAAGAUCAAACAAGUCACGUCGCAGAACUGCACCGAUAUCGACGGCGUUGCACCAGGCACUGCUACCCGACGAGCUAUCGCUAGCACUGAGGAGCUAUGGACCGAGGAGGAGGUGGAGAGGGAAAAUGUUAGUAGGCGCAGGACGGCGAAGAGCAAGAGGAGCUUUUGGUAA